UAAGAUGGAGACCAUUUCUAAGACGGAGUAGGUUUGGCCUCUCAGUUUCAGGAAAUGCACUCUAGCAGUUGUAUAAAGGCCAGGGCAUGUGAAACCUUGGAAGAUAAGUCGUGUUAGCGGAUGGGGAUCUGAGGAAUAGGAAUCCAAGGACUGAGCAGUUACUUGAUUGAGGCUCAGCUGCCCUACCAGGUCAACCUUAAAGUACACUAGAGAUCCAGGCUUCCAGGCUAAAGCAGAAUAAGCACAAUCCUGUCUAGAGGAAAGCACAUACUAGAACUCUUUGGGACUGUGUUCUGCUACAUUGUUUUAUCCCUGACAGUUUUCAAGAUAACAAAAGAAAAGGAAAAGGAAAAGGAUAUAUAAACAGUCUCAUAGAACAAAGAGAAAUCAUACACAGAAGGCAACAAAUGAAACUUCAGAGUGCUUCCAGAAACUAGAGAUGUUCAAUUUUCUGGAGAUGUGAUUUCACACACGGGAGAAAGCUUGCCUUUCUGACUUAUAUGAUCAUUUUGAUGUAAAGGAUCUUCUUUGUUUGAAGAUUUAAUUUCUUGCAACACAACUCGUACUUGGGCUUGCCUAAGAGAGUGGAACUUUUAGCACACUAAAUUUCGGAGAAAUGGCUUUGAUGGCUGUGAAUACCAGAUGCUUGUGUCUCUUUCUUCUUUGUACAAUAACUGGUCAUUCUUUGGAGAUAAAAGUUAAUCCUCCUCAGGAUUUUGAAAUACUGGAUCCUGGAUUACUGGGUUAUCUCUAUUUGCAAUGGAAACCUCCCGUGGUCAUGGACAAUUUUAAGGAAUGCAAGCUAGAAUAUGAGUUAAAAUACCGAAAUGUUGACAGUGACAGUUGGAAAACCAUAAUUACUAGGAAUCUAAUUUACAAGGAUGGGUUUGAUCUUAAUAAAGGCAUUGAAGGAAAGAUACGUACGCACUUGUCAGAGCAUUGUACAAAUGGAUCAGAAGUUCAAAGUCCAUGGACAGAAGCUUCUUAUGGGAUAGCAGAUGAAGGAAGCCUGGGAACUAAAAUUCAGGACAUGAAGUGUAUAUAUUAUAACUGGCAGUAUUUGGUCUGCUCUUGGAAGCCUGGCAAGACAGUACAUUCCGAUACGAACUAUACUAUGUUUUUCUGGUAUGAGGGCUUGGAUCAUGCCUUACAGUGUGCUGAUUACCUCCAGGAUAAUGAGAAAAACGUUGGAUGCAAACUUUCCAACUUGGACUCAUCAGAUUAUAAAGAUUUUUUUAUUCGUGUUAAUGGAUCCUCAAAGCUGGAGCCUAUCAGAUCCAGCUACAUGGUUUUUCAACUUCAAAAUAUAGUUAAACCAUUGCCACCAGAAUUCCUUCAUAUUAGUGUGGAGAACUCUAUUGACAUUAGAAUGAAAUGGAGCACACCUGGAGGCCCCAUUCCACCAAGCUGUUACACUUAUGAAAUUGUGGUCCGAGAAGAUGAUAUUUCUUGGGAGUCUGCCACAGAUAAAAAUGAUAUGAAGCUGAAGAGGAGAGCAAAUGAAAGUGAAGACCUGUGCUUUUUUGUAAGAUGUAAAAUCAAUAUAUAUUGUGCAGAUGAUGGGAUUUGGAGUGAAUGGAGUGAAGAGGAAUGCUGGGAAGGUUACACAGGGCCAGACUCAAAGAUUAUUUUUAUAGUACCAGUUUGUCUUUUCUUUAUAUUCCUUUUAUUACUUCUUUGUCUUAUUGUGGAAAAGGAAGACCCUGAACCCACACUGAGCCUCCAUGUGGAUUUGAACAAAGAAAUGUAUGCUUAUGAAGAGACGCUCUGCUAAACUACUCUUUUCCUCACAUAGAGUCAGCCAGCAGGAGUCAUAUUAAACUCAAUGUCUCUUCAACUUUCAAAUACAUCUUCUUGCAAAUCAGUGUUUGUCCUAAUAUUGUUGGUUUUUUGAGUAAAGUGUUGGAUAUGUAUC